AUGACAGAUCCGCCACAAUCUGGGGUAGAUCGAUCACAGUCUGGGUUGGGUUUCACGUUAUUUCCCAAAUUUCCAGCUGAGCUUCGCAUACAAAUUUGGAAAUGGAGCUUCCCAAUUUGCCAAACGGUAGCGGUCCAUUUCCCGGACGGAAAAAGCAUCCACAACAAUCGCAGAUAUGAGGUGAUGGUUGACCUGCAGCCAGCUUUACCGUUUGUCUGCCGCGAAUCUCGAGCAGAGUUCCUCAAGGAAUACAAAAUAGUACAUAGUAUGAUUCCGAUAUACAAAAAUAUCAAAACGAAAAAGCCGAGUUUUACAUUUAUCAACGACAAGGCAGAUAUUUCUCUUCUCUCUAAAGCUCGUGACUGGCGCUACGGAAUGGAAGGCCCCGAUUUUCAUCCAAGGGUGGUUUGCGUCGCUUUGUCGGCUGUGCGGAUACCUAAGUCGCGUCGUCCAGAUAGUCACCUUUACUGGCGUAAGCGGUUAAGAUCACAGCUCCUUCAACAGCGCAGUUUGGAGCGACUAUGGAUUUUCGAUGACCUUCAGAAGAACCUAGGAUCAUUGAAAUGGGUGGCAAUGAAAAGUUAUCAGUAUGGCUCCGAUUCGAGGAUGCGUGAAUUUCAAAUGGUGAAGGACGAGAUUCAGCAAAUCAAAUCUAUGACUCCCAGGUUCAGUGUACGCGAAAUCAAAUUUGGUAUCAGUCAAACCGAGGAAACAAAUCUUCCACUGACCCCAGUGGUUGCAACGACAAGUAUAUCAGCUACGAACACUACUGUAACAACCACGACGGCAAGCACUACGACAAACAACCCCACCACAACGACCAUCGCCCCAAUAGCCCCAGUAGUGUGUCGAAAAUCCAGAACCAUUAUCAGUCUGUCCACCUCAACAUUCACAAAGGUGGUUUUGUUCGCUCUCGUUAUGAUUCAUAUCGUACUAUUUGAGAACCGGUAA